GUCCGUUGCGUUCUCGCCGGACGGCGCCAGCGUCGUGACGGGCUCCGCCGACGGCCACGCCCGCGUCUGGGACGCGCAGUCCGGCAGGUGCAACCAGGAGUUCGCCUGCACGGACGAGGACGUCCGCUCGGUCGCGUUCUCGCCCGACGGCGCGAGUGUCGUGACCGCCACGGACAACAGCGUGCGCGUGCGGAGCCUGGACCAGCGCGAGUGCACGAGGUUUUGGGAGGAGAGCUUUGCGCCCAUGGCGGUGUUUUGA